AUGGCAAGUAGUAGUAGAUCGAGUGGAGCUAGUGUGCCUGGUGGUCUUGAUGUGGCAUGGAAAUAUGCUCAUCCAAUAGAAGGCAAUAAGCAUGGCACAAUAUGUACAUUUUGUGAAUCCACAUUUAAAAUUGGUGGAAUUACACGGUUAAAGUAUCAUUUGACCGGAUUUGAUCCACAUAAGAGUGUAAAGAAGUGCAAAGAAGUACCACCAGAUAUUAAGAAGGAGGUAAUUGCAUGGAUAAAGGAUAAAGAGUCUAGCAAACAACAUAAGAAAUCUGUUGAAGAAAACAUAAGAUCUACAGCAAGAAGGGGAUACAUGGGCAAUAAAAGUAGCAAUCCUGUUGAUGAUGAUGAUGAUGAGGAUGAAUAUGCAUAUCCUUCAGACAUGCACCCUGCGGAAAAAGAAGAUUACCUUGCUGUCAUUAGAGCGUCAAAGGAAGAAGAAUGGUUUAGACAAGGAGGAGCUUACGGAAUGGGAAGCAAACGAUUUGCAAGGGGAGCAAGUGUGGAUGCUUCAAAUAAAACCAAGGAUGCAAAGUACAUCGCCAAAUUGUUGAAGGAUGCCAUAAAAGAGGUUGGGUCGUCGAAUGUUGUUCAUAUUGUCACCGACAAUGGUUCAGCCUUUGUUAAGGCUGGAGAGAUAAUGAUAGAGCGGAAUCCUAUUUAUUGGACUCCUUGUGCUGCACAUUGCAUUGAUCUAAUAUUUGAAGAUAUUGGGAAGCAAGAGUCAGUGGCUAAUGUCAUAAAUAAAGCUAGGAAAUUAACCAACUACAUUUACAAUCAUGGUUGGCUAUUGGCUCAGAUGAGGAUCUUCUGUCAAGGAGAUUUGGUCUGA